UAUUUGCCAGCUCUAAUCCAAAAUCUCUUCAAACAAAAAAAAAAUAGGCAGAAAAAACAAUACCAUUUUACAAAAUCUCUUAAAAUCUGAAAUUUAAUCAUGUUUUAAUCAUAAAAUAUUGAAAAUUUGUCACCAAAUUCAGAAAGGGGUAAAUAUCACCUAAACAGUGAACUGUGGAGAGAAAGAGAAACGACAAAAUGGUGUAACACCAUGCAAUGUAAAUAAGAAAAUUACCAGAAAAAUAUGUGUGGAAAACAAAGUACAAAGUGAAAGUUGAAGUGUUUUUCUUUUUCGCUGUCUUACUGGUGUCGAACAUGGUUCGAAUUAAAACGAAUGAUGUGCAAAAUUAAUUGCAAAAAUAACAUUUCAUCACAUUAUUGGUGCAAGUGAAAGAGGAGGAGGAAGAAGAAGAAGACAAAUGCAAAUACACUCUUGUUAAGAGAAGGAAGUGUAAAGGGAGGGCUGACACAGAUGAAUGGCAAAUAAUUUAAAUAAUUUGCAAAUCACUACUUUCAAAUUAUUUCGAACAGUUAUUAAAGGGACAUAAUCUUUGUAAAUAAACAAAAAAUCUUGCUUAGCAUCGUUAAAGAGUCCAAGAUAAAACUCUCCCCAUAUUGAUAUUAAAAGUGAAUAAACAAUCAUCUGGAGGCACGGCCACAGCUUGCUAAAAGCCGUUGCUGUUGUCUGAGAAGCUGUUGUUGGUAGAUCCUUUCUAGCAGAGGAGGAAAAGGGUAGAACUUACUGUUGUUGAACAUGUGCGACCCAGUUUUGAAGAAGCAGAAAUGGACUUGCGAUUAUUGCACCUACGAAAACUUCCCCUCAGCCAUCAAAUGCACCAUGUGUAAGGGGGUUAAACCGAUGGUUAAUGAGGACAUAUUUCGACUGAGUCCUCCCCAAACAUCCUAUGUCGGCAAUGCCGAGGCCCAUGGUGCAGUAGCCGAGGUUAUUGACUCGCAACCAUUGGGUUUGAUUGCUUGUUCACGUCAGGAUACGCAAAAUGUGACUGAUGAUGUUGUGACAUCAACCGAUGCCGAUUGUAAAUGGUCCUGCAAAAUGUGUACUUACAAGAAUUGGCCCCGAAGUAUACGAUGUGUUCAGUGUUACACCAAGAAAGGAGCUACAGCGGCAGAAACAAGUCCUUCGCGUGAAAUUGGUGCCACCUCAGUGGCAAGUCAGCGUUCUUCACCGAUAAUGGCACAUAGUGCAAUGGAACGCGAUAUUAUUGAUACGAAGUCAUUCAUCGACCCUUGCCCCCAAGCAGAGGCCAGUAGCAAUCAACAUCAACUGCAGGAGAGGCUUAGUAAAAUGCAAAUAGCAACCAACAUAGAUGCCGAAAUGAAUGCCAGCAAUAGUGCGGCCAGUGCUGCUGGGGCGGCUGCAGCCGCACAACGUCUAAGCCCGAUCGAGGGCUCUUCAACUAUACAUCUCAAUAAUCUCGCCAAUAAUAGUUCAGUCCAGACACAAUCCACCACCACCUGCUUAUCAUCCACCUCGUCAAAUACACAGCUAGCAAGCUACACCAAAAAAUGGGCCUGCAAUACUUGUACUUAUGAAAAUUUCCCAAAAAGUCUCAAAUGUUCCAUGUGUGGCAAUCCUCGUGAUAGUAAUAGUUCAUCUUCUGCCACUGCCAACAAUAGCAUUGAAAACAAUGGCAGCGCAGCAAGUGGCGGCGGGGCAGUGAUUGGAAAUAGUAAUAAUCAAAGUAGUAUAUCCUGUAGUAGUGAUAAAAUGAAUGAUACCGUCUCAUCGAAUAAUUCCUUUAACAAACAACAAAAUAUUUAUCAACUUGGUUCUGAUACUAUUAAUAACUGUGAUACAAUGCAAGAACGUCAGGAACGUCGAAUAAGACAAAUAAGACGUCAAGUUGAUUGGCAAUGGUUAAAUGCUUGUUUGGGCGUGGUGGAGAACAACUAUAGUGCGGUCGAGGCGUAUCUUUCAUGUGGCGGCAAUCCGGCUCGAUCACUAACCAGUACUGAAAUUGCAGCUUUGAAUCGUAAUUCCGCAUUCGAUGUGGGCCAUACCCUAAUUCAUUUGGCCAUACGAUUUCACCGUGAGGAGAUGUUGCCUAUGCUAUUAGCACAAAUUUCCGGCUCUGGUCCUGGUAUAAAACGAGUACCAUCGUAUGUUGCACCCGACUUGGCGUCCGACAUACGUCGCCACUUUGCCAAUAUGUUGCGGAUGCGGAAAUCCAUGUUUCCCUGUACAUAUGUUCAGGAACAUGCCACAUUUGUACUACCAGCUGAAAUAGAAGAACUACCAUUGCCCAUUCAAGAGCAAUUGUAUGACGAGCUAUUGGAUCGCGAUGCCCAAAAACAACUGGAAAACCCUCCACCAGCCUUAAACUGGUCUCUGGAGAUAACAGCACGUCUGGGGUCGCGUUUAAUGGUUCUAUGGAACCGAAGUGCCGGUGACUGUCUCUUAGAUUCUGCCAUGCAGGCCACAUGGGGAGUCUUUGACAGAGAUAAUAUAUUACGCAGGGCAUUAGCAGAUAGUUUACAUCAAUGUGCGCCGAUAUUUUAUUCUCGCUGGAAAGAGUAUGAAAUGGUGCAGGCAUCUAUGUUACAUUUUACUUUGGAAGAGGCCCAAUGGCAAGAAGACUGGUCCACAUUACUGUCGUUAGCAAGCCAGCCAGGGGCGUCCCUGGAACAAUUGCAUAUUUUUGCUUUGGCCCACAUACUGAGGAGGCCAAUCAUUGUUUAUGGUGUUAAGUAUGUUAAAAGUUUUCGUGGAGAAGACAUUGGAUUUGCCAGAUUUGAGGGUGUAUAUUUACCUUUAUUUUGGGAUCAAAAUUUCUGCAUAAAAUCACCAAUUGCUUUAGGUUAUACCAGAGGUCAUUUUAGUGCAUUGGUGCCAAUGGAACCAUAUGCUCGAAUUGAUUUGCGUCGCGACGAGCCUGAGGAUGUAACCUAUUUACCACUGAUGGAUUGUGAAUCAAAAUUAUUGCCAAUACAUUUUCUCAAACAAUCGGAGAUGGGACGCGAAGAAGCUAUAAUGCGUCAAUGGCUUGAUGUUUGUGUUACCGAAGGUGGAUUAUUGGUGGCCCAACAGAAACUACGUAAACGUCCUCUAUUAGUUGCCCAAAUGUUAGAAGAGUGGCUAAAUCACUAUCGUAGAAUAGCACAAGUUAUAACAGCUCCCUUUGUACGUAGACACCAGCAAAUAGGCUAUUCCAGCGAUGGCGAUUCAGAUGAGGAGUAAACUAAGGAUAAUUAGCUGGCAACACUAAAUAAACAUCCACACACCCAGAUACACUUCUACCAUAUUUUGCUUAGAUAAGUAUAUUGAAGAAACAACAACAACAACUAAUAUAUUUGAUAUAUAAACAAAAAUUAAAUGAAAUUUUUCGUAGUGAAUUUUUUUUUUGAAUUAGUUAACUAAACUCUUAAAGACGCAACAGGAUGCAUUAUUUAAGAAAUUUAUGAAAGAUGUUAUAAGAAAACAGAACAAGAAAAAUACAAAAAAUUCUUCUAAAGAACCACUGAAAUGAAAUAAAACUAAAACAAGCAGAA